AUGGCUACAGGCAAUGGAGUCUCUUCGAGGCACAUUCUUUUACUCUCAGUAUAUCUCAGUUCUGUUCUUGCGGGAUUGUUCGGCCUAUUUGAAUUUGGUAUCGAGGCUGGCUUGAAGGUUACGGGCACCGCUGUGGAGAAACUUCCCAAAAAGCCGCUCGCUAAGGAAGAAAGCUCUGGUAUUGAAGGUGAACGCGCUUCAAGUGGUCUGUCCCGCGAUUCUAGUCUUUCUAGUCUUGAAAAGGAAGGUUCUUGGAGCGGCGUUCCCGACAAAGCCGAAAAGGAAUCAAUACACUCCAUACUUUCGGAUAUCGACCUGGCAAAUAAUUACUACAAUCUUAUCGAUGGGCUUUCUUCCGCUAUGUCAACAUCCGACCUGACAUCGGUCACAACAUCAACAUCGGACUCUCCUAUGUCUACCUCAGCUUCCCUGAUUACCCAAGUUGCUGUACCGACAUCAGAAGCAGUUCUCAGAUGCAAUCUUUACUCGAACUUUACCUCCCUUUGCGGACCGCCAACUGUUUCUUUGGGGUCUCUAAAGCCAACUCCCACAUAUGCAGCUCUUUCGUCUUGUGCAUGCUAUUCAGCUACGCACUACUACGCCCAUGUAUUCGCCAGUGCUGCGACCGCAUGCGGCGCAAAUACCACCGCAUACAUCUCCCAAAGACCUAGCUCAGCCUGGUCCAUCAUCGCAACGUCUGCAAGGCCUAGCUUGGGCCUGUCUGGCGUGGCAAUGCCUGUAAAUCAAAUGGAAAGAUUUUGUGCGCCAAUGGAAGAUGCGAGGAAAGUACUUUCCUCCAUCUUUGACCAGCUCACAGCAUUGACGACCACAGCAUCGGAGACCACAGCAUCGGAGACCACAGCAUCGGAGACCACAGCAUCGGAGACCACAGCAUCGGAGACCACAGCAUCGAGGACAAGUUCUAGUCCUACAACUUUGACUGAGCCUAGUGGCGGCGCGGUGGCACUUGAAAUAUCUAGAGCAGGACUCAGUUUAGGCAUUUUCGUCGGUAUGAUCUUUGUGUAG